CGCUGGAUUCAACACUCUAAACAUAUCUAAAGAAUCAAGAACUGAAAAUCCAUUUUUGUUUGGAGCGAAAGAAAGAAAGGCCAUGGCAUCCCUAGCAACCCUUGCUGCUGUCAAGCCCACCACCGUCAAUGGCCUUGCUGGGAGCUCCAUUAAUGGAACCAAGCUCCAUGUUAAAUCAUCUCGCCUCAACUUGAAACCCUCCAAACCCAGGGCUGGUGCUAUUGUGGCCAAGUAUGGUGACAAGAGUGUUUACUUUGACUUGGAGGAUUUGGGCAACACCACAGGGCAAUGGGACUUGUAUGGCUCAGAUGCACCUUCACCAUACAACUCUCUUCAGAGCAAGUUCUUCGAGACGUUUGCUGCUCCUUUCACCAAGAGAGGUCUGUUGCUGAAAUUCUUGAUCCUAGGCGGUGGUUCCACUCUUGCUUACCUCAGUGCAACCGCAGAUGGUGAUAUUCUUCCCAUAAAGAAGGGCCCGCAACUUCCUCCUAAGCUUGGACCUCGUGGCAAGAUCUAAACAUGUUGUCGUUCAAGAUUUUCUGUCUUUGUUGUGUCCGACAUAAGCUUGUAAGUAUAACUGAAGCCUACUAGAGACCUCUAUUCCAAGAAGUUCAAUAUUAUGGCCAUUUGAAACAUUGCUCUCUUGUUAGUUUAAUGUUCUUGUGCAAUUUCAUUUAAUUGAUUGGGAUUGGGAUUUCA